AUGGAGGGGGAGCGCGCGGGGCGGACGGUGGGGCUGGCGCGCGACGUGCUGGAGCGGGCGCGACGGCGGCGGCGGGCGGCGGGGCGGGAGCCGCGCCCGGACCCGGACCCGGAAGAAGAUUCAGAACGUCUCAAUGCAGCUUUCGCUUCAAUUGUGAACUUGAUGAAUCAAGCCUCAAAGGAAUGUGAGAAGUAUUAUAGCUCUAUGCCAACCUGUACAUGCAAAAAGCAUGAAAUCAAACACAUCUGUAGAUACCAUGCCAGGCAAGCAGGGAAAAGAGAGCUGGAGUCCUCUGAAGAAAAGAGGGCUGAAGCCUCUGUACCACCCAGUCAAGCUCAAACUUGCCAGCAAUGUGCCAGACAAGGUUCUGAAGACAUCUACAUUGAAGUUUCUCCUGGCUUCUAUUCUGUCACAGCAACCUCAGAAGACAUGGUGCAACAAACCCACAUGGUGGAUGUCCAUGCAGGGCAAAGUAUUGAUUUAACUUUUGUUCUAUGACAUUUGUUGUUCCUUGGCAAUCACAGGAAUAAAAUAUGAGACUGUUUUAAUGCAUGUAAUGAACUAUGAAUAUAUUUUUCUUGUUAGCACUUUAAUAGUAUCCUCGUCUUUGCAACUCCAUUUUUAUGACCUGUGCAUUUGUUUUCUACUUAAUGCAAUCUUAUGCAGCCCACUUUGUACACUGAUUUGAUAGAUAUUUGUACAUUGUGUGCCUUAAAUCUAAUUAUGUGACUUGUAAUUCUAGGUUCUUAUGUUUUAAACAAUUAAAGAUACAAUCAGUGGAAUAAAAUACAUUAUUUAGUCUU